AUGGCUGAGGAAAUCAGAUUCUUCGAGCUCAACACCGGAGCAAAGAUACCAUCGGUCGGUCUCGGAACGUGGCAGGCCGAUCCUGGUCUCGUCGGAAACGCCGUGGAAGCUGCUGUUAAGAUUGGCUAUCGGCACGUUGAUUGUGCUCAACUCUAUGGCAAUGAAAAGGAGAUUGGGUUAGUCCUGAAGAAAUUGUUUGAUGAAGGAGUUGUUAAGCGUGAGGAACUUUUCAUCACUUCCAAGCUAUGGUGUACUAAUCAUGAUCCUCAAGAUGUGCCAGAGGCUCUGAACAAAACUCUACAGGAUCUACAGCUUGACUACGUCGAUUUGUACCUCAUGCACUGGCCUGUUAGCCUCAAGAAGGGUUCUACUAGUAUUAAGCCAGAGAAUGUCAUACCAGCUGAUAUUCCUAGCACAUGGAAAGCAAUGGAAGCACAAUUUGACAUUGGAAAGGCCAGAGCUAUUGGUGUCAGCAAUUUCUCCUCAAAGAAACUCGCAGGUCUCUUAGAAGUGGCUCGUGUCCCUCCUGCUGUUAACCAAGUGGAGUGUCACCCUUCAUGGCAACAGACCAAGCUCAGAGAUGUCUGCAAAUCUAAAGGCGUUCACCUCUCAGGAUAUUGUCCGUUAGGUUCUCCAGGGACAACGGAGUUCAAGGGCGAUGAUAUUCUGAAGAACCAGAUUCUAGGCGUGGUUGCUGAGAAGCUAGGGAAGACUCGUGCACAAGUUGCGUUACGGUGGGGUCUCCAAAUGGGUCAAAGUGUUCUUCCGAAAAGCACAAAUGAAGAUAGGAUCAAACAGAAUUUCGAUGUUUUCAAUUGGUCCAUACCGGAUGACGUGUUAUCCAAGUUUGCUGAGAUUGAACAGGGUAAGUUGAUGAGAGGAAUGCAUUUUGUUCAUGAGGCGAGUCCUUAUAAGACUCUUGAACAACUUUGGGACGUUCUUGACUUCUGUCGGAAAGAGGGAGUGAAAAGUAAACUUAUCGAGUACGUUAAGGGACUUAUCGGAGGUGAGACGAAGAUUUACCCUCGACGUGACGUCGGAGUUAGAAGCGUAAAGCUGCAACGGCUCUUGGACACGUUGGGGAACCAUUGUCUAAAGACACGUCCACGUUGGGUUUAUGCUAUUCGGAAGAUGCAUUUAAUGUGA